AUGGUAGUAACACGCAAAGGACCAUCGACGUCGACUCAACCGAUCCCCAACCCCGAGAACAACCCCGUCAUGACCAACCAAGAACGUUACCCGUACGGAAUGCCUCAAACCGGACCAGAACCUGUGAUACAAGAGAGAGAGGCCGACGCCAGGGAGCUAGCCGAACUACGCCGCCAGAACGCCAAGCUUCGAAGCCUUAACUGGACAUACGUGCCGUCAACUCCUACCCUCCAAGAGGAGUCAGCAUAUCAUGCCCCAACCGACCAUGUCACCCGAACACCCGUCACCUCUCUGAUAGCUAACAAGGCCGACACCACCACCCACUCCCUGAGGCACCCCUUUUCUCGAAGAAUAAUGGAGGCAACCCUGCUAGACCACUGGAAAAACAUGCCGAUCGAGAAAUACGAUGGGUCCUCCGACCCUGAGGAACAUCUGAAUGUUUUCUUAACCCAAGCGACCCUAUCCACUCAGGAUGACUCGGCUUUGUGCCGAAUUUUCCCCACGUUGCUGAAGGGAAGAGCUUUGAGCUGGUUUACGAGAUUGCCGAGCGCCUCCAUUGACUCGUUCAGCAAGUUGUCGUCCCAUUUCACCCUACAAUUCGCAACGAGUAAGUCGUACAAAACGACCUCACUAGCCUUGGCGGGAGUCUGCCAAGAAAAGAAGGAAAGCCUGAGAAGCUUCAUGGAUCGAUUCAACAAGAUUGCAAUAGAGAUCGGCGAUCUUAAUCCUGCCGUGGUGUUGGACCGGCUGAGCACGGCCCUCAGGCCGGGACCGUUCGUGAAAAGCUUGUGCAAGAAACCACUCGUCGACAUGAACGACCUCCGGCGACGGGUCGAGAAGUACAUGCAAAUGGAGGAAUUGGCGGAGACCCGAAACCAAGCCAGGACCGAAGAGGGCUACGACCGAAAGGAGGCUAAGGUACUGGAGCAGGCUCUCGCAUCCGAAAUAUUGGUGAUGCCCAAGAGGGCAAACACGCCUCCGAGGGCUGACAAGGCUAAGACGUGCCGAUUCCAUCGAAACCGGGGUCAUUCGACAGAAGAAUGCUCGGUAUUAAAAGACAAGCUUGAGGACCUUAUUAAGCAAGGUCAUCUUGGAAACUUCGUGACACCAUAG